UAACUACUUGAAAAAUAAACUAUCUUUAACUCCAUCGUGUCCGUCAGAAUCACGUUAAACGUGCGUAUUAGAUAUCACAGGACAUAUAAUAUCGAAUCACACUGGAUGUUUAUGAUUUAAUUGAUCUGUAUACAAACAAUGGGCAUCAGUUCUUUACACAAAAGCCUAUAGAAAAUCAGUUCUCGCAUCAUUGUGACAGCAGCAGGAUUGAAGUGAAACAGAUUGAGAAAUUCAAGUUUUAAUUUAAAGAAAUUAUACAUCGUUUAGCAAUGUUGUGGCUUUAUAUCUUCAGUUUAGCUAUAAAAAUCGCCGUGACUGCGAAGAGCUCAGGCAGCGCCCAUAACAGUAUCCCCAUAAACAGACUAUACACCUCCAGUACCUCCACCGUCCGUAAUUCACACGAACAUCGUCCUGUCAAGUUGUCCAUAGAACCCGAGCGAGUGCGGAACGAAUGGCGGUAUGACAAUGCUACCUACUGGCCAGGCCGCCUCUGCCGCGAUGGAGUAGGAAAGCGCCAAUCCCCCAUCAACAUCAAAACAGAGUUGGUAGUCCCUGACUCGGGGAAAGAGUUCAUCAAGUACGGGCCGCUACGGCUGCAUGGGUACCAGAGCGUGCUGGUUUCUGGAGUCAACAACGGACGGACGAUCCAAUUCACAAUGGAAGGCGAUGAAGCCAUGCACCCGACAUUGACCGGGGGCCCACUGCGGUACCUCUAUCGACUCGAGCAGCUGCACUUCCAUUGGCUGUCUGAGCAUGCCGUCAACGGAUACAAGUAUCCCAUGGAGAUCCACUUUGUCCACAUCCGGGCUGACCUUUCCACAAGUGAGGCUCUGCGGAAGCGAGACGGCAUUGCCAUAAUUGCUGUAUUUGGAAAUAUAAAGUCGGAGAUAGAGAACGACGAAACCUUUAUGGCGAGUGAAAUGAUGGAGGAGGUCGUCAGACAGCUGCCGCUGCUGAACCAGUACGGCGACCGGCUCAGCGGGAUCGUGAUGAACAUGUCGAAGCUGCUAACAGCGAGCCAGCAGUCGUACGUGACGUACUCCGGGUCACUGACGUCACCGGAGUGCAACGAGGUGGUCACGUGGAUCAUACUGGACAACCCCGUCUUCAUGACUUACGGACAGUACAAAGACUUCUCAGACCUAGCCAAGACCCGCUACAACUUCCGCAGUCUCCAAGACUCCAACAUCACGGUGUACCGACCGACCACGAGGUUACCAACACCAAUGAUCUUCGGCGUCUUCGCCAACAUGUUCAAUUAUGUUGCUAGCUUCUUCAAAAACAUGAAUAGGAUGAUAAACAACGAGCCAGUUAAAACACAAUAUUAGCAAAUGUUGAUGCACGGAUAAUUUUAACACCACUUAACAGUUUUCAACUGUCGAUCGUUAUCUUUCUGGAGGCAUACAAUAAUGAAGCGACACGAACAUCCGAAAACAGAGUUCUCUUCUCUCUGAGAUCUUGCCGGAAAAAGACCAAAUUCAAGUGUAAAAAUCGCUGUUGGUAAGAGGUUACCGCAGCCUAUAGCAACUAGCGAUAACCCCAGCUGCUGAGGACGCAGGAGUUGCUGCUCCAGAGUCAAGUUUCCACUUCCCGACAUUUUCUCCUCCACGUGGCACGGUCUUAAACAUCCUUAACAUAAGACUAUGGGAGUGUGAAAUAAUUAGUUCUUAUUUAUUUUUAAGUGAAAUUGUUGUAAAUAAAUUAAUAAGGAAAG